GGGACGGGAACUCCACUCCACCUGCAGUGGCUCAAGCAACCUCAGGUAAGAACAUGCCGACCAGUGACUUCCCUACGCACUUCCCGUACAACACCAGCCCUCAUCUUCCUCCAUCCCAAGCUAUUCUACAAUAUACAAGCCAGCACAAACUGACACUGGAGGCAUCGCGCCUUUGCUGUUGUCAACUGCAAUCCGCAAAUCGAUAUCGAGAGGCAACCGGAUAGCAUUUCCCUGGCCGGUUGUGCCUUUUCCACUCUUCACCUCACUUGACUACCCUACUCCCCUCGUUUCCCAGACCGCAUCACAGCAAAAGAGACAAACCCUUAAUUCAGUACCGGCGCAACAGGAUUGCAGCAUACCUACUUCUGCAUUCUGUUCUUCUAUACAAGUCUGUCGGUUACAUACUUCAUCUUCUUUCCCAUUUUAUUUUCAUCCACCCUGUCCAUUGCCAUUAACUGUAUAAAGACCAUCCCCCCCAUUUGUGGUCUUAGUUUCUGGCUAAGCUCACGACAUCUUCAUUUCACUUCUGACUAACGCAGUUGUUACUCGCCCACUCUCGUUGACUGGAACUUGCGAUCGUUUAUUCGACGUUAUUCGUUCAAUUAGCCAUCCGCAUACGUCAACUAUCGUCCAAACGUGACCAUGACAUCAAACACCCCCGCGACGGCUUACCCGUGGGAAUGCCGGGACAAGGAAGACCAGGCUAAGGCCGCCUUUAAUCAUCCUCUCCGCCGUGCAAAUCAAUCUCUCACCGAAGAGAACAUGAAACUCAAGCGUAUUCUGCGCGAAAACGGCAUUUCCUGGUCUUCUGUCGCUCUGAACCACAUGAAUCAAGACAAUCCUUUGAAGCGCAAGACCCGAUCUUCUAUGACCGCUCAGGAGCUCGGUCAUCCAUAUCUUCCUAUGGAAGUCAUUCUUCGUAUUCUGAAGUUUGCUAUGAAAUCUCCUUUCCCAAUUGUCGAUCCUCUGUCCCCCCUUACACCUGAGAACAUGUCUGACAAAGAGAAAACGCGAGGCAACCAGAUUGCCAUUAAUUUCCUGGCUACCUGUAGAGCUCUUCACCUUGAAGGUACUCGAUACCUGUGGGAGUCGAACAACUUCACUUUCACAACUCCUCAAGCUGUUCGCACCUUUGCCGAGCUUCCCGUCAAAUUUCGUCAGGGUAUUACGCAUGUCACCUUUCGUGUUAUUGCACGAUACUAUGACGAUCAGCCUUGUCGUCGACACAAACUGGACCGCUGUUAUCACGGCGAUUUGAAGAAGGACCACGUCUUGAAAGUUCAGCAACGUCCAACCGAGUCUCCUCUCGUUCGUGGUGGCUUCCGGUGCUACACUUGGAACCAGAUUGUCGACUUUCUCGAGGGGCUUCGUGCACCCUUCGAUCCGAGUUACCGAAACAGGAAACAGCCACGGCCACGAAUGCUGCCUUCUCUUGUGUCUCUACGCCUGGACCUGGUGAACUUUUCCGACACCCUUCUCCCCUUCUCCGGAUCCGAGCUUCACGAUAUUUGCUCUCAUGAACUUGGCUGCACCCUGAACGAACUCCAAGUCACGGGUAUGCCCUUUGAUGAUACUGGAAUGAAAGCAUCUGCCGAAAUGAGCGGCAUGCUCAAAGACGAAGGUUUGUAUCUUGAUGGCCCGGCUUCCUAUAUGGCUCACUCUAGGCAUCUUCAACCUCUCUCUGGCAAGAAAUGGUGUGCCCGAGUGAUUCGAGCGUGGAAGCCCAAGGAUGAUGACGACGAAGACAGUGAAAACGAUUCGGAUACUGUUCAUGGACACUCACACAGCCAUGUCAGGCUUGGCGCUUUGCCUCCUGCCCCGACCGAAGAGGGCCAUCCAGCUUCAAACCGCGACGAAGAAACAGUCAUUUGGAAGCGAGUGCCGAUCUCUAGAGACAUGGAGAAGCGGGACUGGGUCCAGUUUUCUCGCUCUAGUGGAUACGAGAUUAGCGAUAUCGAUUGGGACAGCGACGAGGAGGGUAUCUGCCCCUGUUGCGGAGAAUCCCACCCAGGCUCGUCCUUCCUGGAUAUUCUAAUGGAUGAAGACCUUGCUGACUGAGAAUCAGUAUAAUGAUGCUAUGGGACAUUGGCGUUGAAAUCGGGUAAUCGAGAUGGGAUUGUUACGAGUUAUAUGUUUAUGUCCGAACAUGCUUAGAUACCCUUACAAGCAAUGAGGAUGCUAAUGCUUUUUGUUGUUGUUUUUAACGAACCGGAAUGGAGUCUCAGGAACAAAAUGGUAUGGAGAAUUAGCGGGAUGGGGAUAAUGGGCAUCAUCUCUAGACAGGUCAAUGGCCAAUUAUGUGCCCACAUAGGCAAAGGCUGCCGGGAUUGAAGGUGUAACAUGGAAACACUGAAUAUGAGUGACAGAUUGACGUUUUGCGACAUGAGCAAUUCGUAUAUGGUCUAUAGGGGUCUAUGAAUUCGAUCGUAUUAUGUAACUGUGGCAAUAUUAUCAUGGUUGAUCAGAUACCCGAGUCGUCCUGCUCCAUCUUCAUCUUGUGUGAGAAGUCGCUCCAUGCUUUGCAACCUUCUUCGAUAUCCUUGUAUUCCUGGUCCGACACGAGGCUUGGGAUCUCGUCUUCUCGAACAAUAAAUUGUAGCGAGAAGCCUUCAGCAGCAUGCCAACCUAUAUGGCAGUGCAUGAGCCACACACCUGGA